AUGACUAAUAGAAGACAGUGCAUUAAUCGACAAGUGCUCGGUUUAUUGCUCGUUCUACAAGCGAGCAUUCGGUUCGGGCAUGUGGUACACGUGGCCGAGGCAGUGGAAACCGCUCACGCGGCUGAUCCACCGCCCCCGGCAUCGGUACCCACUAGCGUAUCAGGCCCGGAUUAUACCGGACCGUCAGCCGGUGCGGACGAAUGCGAUCCAGAGAUGGUCGGGUUUGAGUUGGUCACCGGCUAUGUAUACACCGCGCCCACGAACAUGCUCGAGUCCAUACCGGGAACGUUGAUGCUCACCGACUGUCUUGAAACCUGUCAAGCGAACGAUUCUUGCCAGGCGGUCAACUACGAGACCGGUCUUUGCGUCCUAUUCAGCUCUAACGCCGACAGCAAUCCAGGUGCUCUCUCGCAAUCGCAAUUUCCAGUGUUCACGAUCUACGCUCAGAAGAGUUGUCUCGCUGUGAAACCGUGCGAACGCGCUUGGUGCAUCGACAGAGUACAGGGCCAUCGUCUUCAGGGUCACGCGCGCAGGACCAUGAGCGCGUCCUCGCGACAACAUUGUCUGGAACUCUGCCUAGGCGAAAGGGACUUCCUCUGUCGAUCCGCCAAUUAUGCAAAUGCAACGAAAACUUGCGAAUUAUCCGACAUGGAUCGAUUGACAGUAGCUGGUUCAAAUGCAUUCCAAACUGCUAAGGACUUUGAUUAUCUCGAAAAUCACUGCGUCGAGGAACCCGUGAAAAUGUGUGAAUUCAAAAAACUUAGCGGCCGUAUUCUCAAGACCGUCGAUUCAGUUUAUCAAGAUGUUGGUACGACUGACGAGUGUCGCGAAUUAUGCUUGAAUUCGCCAUUCCGUUGCCAUUCCUAUGAUUAUGGUGACACCGGUGAUAUGGUUUGCCGUCUUAGCCAUCAUUCCAGAGCAACCCUUUCGGAUAUUCAGGAACCUUAUUUGGACGUGGCAGAAGCAUCAACGUACGAGUUGAGUUCGUGUUACAACGUAACGAUCGAUUGCCGUGCUGGUGAUAUGGUAACUAGAAUCCAAACAAGCAAACUUUUUUAUGGAAAGGUCUACGCAAAGGGAUCACCAAAUUCGUGCGUGCAAGACGUGAAGGGUGCACUCGAGUUCGAACUUCGCAUGGCUUACGAUGACCUAGAGUGCAACAUCAGACAGCAGGGUCUUGGCCGAUAUUUGAACGACGUGGUGAUUCAGCAUCACGACACGAUCGUGACGAGUUCUGACCUUGGACUAGCGGUUACUUGCCAAUACGAUUUGACCAAUAAGACUGUCUCGAAUGAAGUAGAUCUAGGUGUGCACGGUGAUAUAACCCCAGCAAUGUCGGAAGAAGUGAUCGUAGAUUCACCGAACGUAGCAAUGAAGAUCACCGAUCGUAGUGGGAACGAUGCUAUCCCUUCUGCCGAAGUUGGCGACCCAUUGGCACUCAAAUUCGAAAUUCUCGAUCCCAACAGUCCAUACGAAAUUUUUGUUCGAGAACUAGUUGCCAUGGACGGUGUAGACUCCAGCGAAAUCGUCUUGAUCGAUUCCGACGGUUGUCCGACCGACCACGUUAUCAUGGGACCACUCUACAAAUCCGCUACCUCUGGAAAGAUACUUCUGUCGCACUUUGACGCAUUCAAAUUUCCCAGCUCUGAAGUUGUACAAUUUCGUGCAUUGGUGACACCGUGCAUGCCAAGCUGCGAACCGGUACAAUGCGAUCAAGAAGAAGCUACGGGAGAAUUAAGAUCGGUGAUUUCCUUUGGUAGACGUCGUCGUCGUCGUUCUACAACGUCAUCGCAAAGCCGAGAAGACUUACUGUUGGUGCAAUCGAUUCAAAUUACGGACAAGUUUGGAUUCGAAAGAGAAGGCAAAUCGUCUAAUGGAACAUCGGCAACGCGAGACACCGUUUUCAUCGAAAGUACCGAAGACAUUAACGGUUCGUCUAUGGGAGUUUGCAUAAAUCUUGGCGAAGCAAUCGUUGCUGGUACGGUCUUUCUCGUGGCACAAAUUGCCCUAAUCGCUGUAUGGACCUUCACUUGGCAACGGCGUCGACAAAUGUUAAAAAAUCAGGAAGCUCUAUCGGUAUCGGUAUCCGUACCAGGUAUGCACUCACCUGGUUCUGCUCGUACCGAUAGUCUCUGUAAGUUGUACGAUGCUGGUUACACCGGACGUCGUUUCUAAACUCGAGACAUUCAUUUAUUUUUUUUUGUCUUUAUCAACUUUUAAAUCUCUCUUCGAUCAUCAUCAUCAUCAUCAUCGUCCCUUUUCUCGCGUCUCGUCCUCCCGUAGUAAAUUAUAUUUUAUAUACAUAUCUACACACCAUGUAUUACUACUAYUACUACCGGCGGCGAGUAGUAACGAUGAUGCACGAAACAACGCGAGUCCCGAUUUUUGUCACGACGAACGGA